UCCUCUCGGCACAACCGCGCCAGCUGCUGAGCCGCCGAGAGCCCCGCUCCACCAGCUGCCGCCGGGAUGCCCCUCCUGCUGGCACUACUCCUGCUGGCCACCGCCACCUGCCCCGUGAGAGGCCAAGUCGCCACCAUUGACUAUGAGCCUGCAAUCGCUGCCCUGGCGCUGGAAGGGCGCAUCACUUCUUCCACCUUCGUCCUGGAGCAGCCCCGCUGUGUCUUCAACGACACUGUUAGCGACACCGACGAGAUCUGGCUGGUGGUUUCCCUCAGUAGCGCGAUAUCCAGUUUCACCAAUCCCACCUCCCUGCAAAGCCUCCCUUCCUUCCAGAAGUUCCCAGGGACCCCCAAUUACAUGACCAUGGGCACCUCCUCCUUAAACUACCCCUGUGGAAAGAGCUCGGGCCAGAUCACGGUGCUGCGCGUCGGGAACGAAACCGCCUGCGUCUCGGAGAAAUCAAGACCAGAUUGCAACGGCCCCCUGCCUGGCCCAGGGCCCUACAGAGUGAAGUUCCUUGCGAUGAGUCCUGCAACUGGCCCCAAGGCCGAGACAAAGUGGUCAGCCCCCAUCACGCUGAAAACAGUGAAGGACCCCGCCCUCAUUGACACCUGGCCCGGAAGGCGCAGCGCGGGUAUGAUCGUCAUCACCACCAUCCUCUCCAUCCUCCUGGCCAUCCUGCUGGCCUGCUUCAUCGCCGCGCUGGUCUAUGGAUGUUCGGACAUUUCCGAGAGCGCGGAGAUUAUGGGCAAGCAGGACCCGGUGACAGUGAAGCGAUACAACACCCACCAUAUCUACGACCAGCCUGCUUUCAAGAACUGAGGCCCUCCCGCGAGACAGCCACCCCCUGCUACAACCCUGUCCCGUCACGUGGGAGCUCCUCGGCCGACUCUCCGGCACAGCCUGUGUGCGCCGUGAACAGCACCGGGAGAGGCGGGGACCCAGGGGCAGUGAUCCUGGUGGAACUCCCCCGCUUCUCCGCAGAAAUAGUGCCAGUACCAGCCGAGAGCCCUUCCCCCCUGCUCCUGCCAGGCUGUUUCUGCUCCCUCCCUUCCUCUCUCUGCUGCAUUCGUUAGCCGAGCUGAGUCCCAAGCCCCAAACCCAAACCCUCCAGUCCCAAGCUGCAGACUCAGAACCAGGUCCUCCUCCUAGUGCUGAGCCGCCGAUCGCCCCCGACCUCCCAGGGGAGAUUUGACGUUGGCGUCCAUCUCUUGGGCUCGGGCGCUGUGUCGAGAACCCAGUAGCCUGGGGCCAGUGUUAUUUCCAAGCCUGCGGUGCUUGAACCCAGGGGUCAGUGGCCCCCUGUGGUUCUCUGGCUGCAGAGGGCUCAUCCUCCAGGCUGGAACGCCACUCCUAAUCCCCUGUCUGAAUCCAGCCGGCCACGUUCCCUGGCUGCCCCGAAGUCCGCUGGGGGCCACGUCCGUGCCACCAAUUUUGGUGCCCCAUUUCCCAUGGGAGAGCACUAGCCCGCCUGGAGUGGGUAUGGUCCUGUGUGAUCAGACAGGCUCAGCCCAGACAAUAAGGAUCCCCUCACAGAGUCCACUCCAGCCAGGCAUGGAAAUCCAGACCGGGAGAUAACGGGGGCUCCCACAGGUGAGGCACAUUAACUCCCCCAAGUGUUAGCCUUAAAGUGGGGAGGCCUCUGGGAAUAACGGAGAAGCCGGACUGGAUUUCCAUGUGCUGCGGGAAUGGAUUCUGCCUGCAGUUUGUAGGAUCCUCAGCAAGGUACCUUAACCCCCACUUUAAAAGGGUUUGGGGGGUGGGGGGGUGGUUCAAAGGAAGCUCAGGAAGUUGGCCACCCUGCACCCUGGAAUUUCACUGGGUCUCGGGCCCCUCAAUCCCAGCCAGCGUUCCCAGGGAGGCAGAGGCCAGGCCCGUGCGGCAGGGCCAUUCCCCGUCUGCUUUUUCAAACGAACAAUUAAAACCGACUGU